AUGGCGAGACUCGGAGACCCAGAGACGAGGCCUGAUGAGGACGAAUGCCUCAUCCCAACCUCAUUUGCCACUGAGGCAAGCCGGCGAGAGUGGGAGGAAACUGCUGCUGUCUCCUGGGCCAUGUCCGGGCCACCCAACACCGGUCCCAGGGAGGUGGAGGCGGCCAUCCGUGACGAGUUCCGCCUCCGGCAAGGCGAGGUUCCUGCUCGUGCUUUUGAGGAGUUCCCACACCACCCACCACCACCUAGGCGCACCGACAAGGAGGAGCCGCGCACCAGGUGGCCUGAUAGCAGGUCCUCUAAGGGGACAAAGGGGCGCUACAACAACGACCACCCUGACUUCUACAAGGGCCGUGGCAAGCGCCACGACGACGACGACGACUACGACACUUAUGGCCGGGGUGGCCGAGAUGACCCUGGCAGGUAUGGCCGGGGUGAUCAUAGCGGUGCUGGUGGCUACCGUGAACGCGACCGCUCCCCUCCACGUCGCCUCUGGGCACAUGGCAGCAGGCAUGGAGGUCGACAAAGGGCUCCCGAUGCCCUUGAGCAUGCUGUGGUGCAACCAACUGAGCUCCUGUUGCCGGCUAAGCUUCCUCAAGUAAGUGUCUUGCAGGUGACUGAAGAGGCUGAGCUGCAGCGCCUCUUCAAAGCCCACGCCAUGGCCCUCCAAGGUGCUAUGCAGCGCAUCAUGGACCGGGCGGGCGUCCAGCACACCGGAGAGAUGGCCUCCUCGCUGAAGUCUCUCAUGCAAGACUACAUCGACAAAGCUUCGGCGCUAGCUGAGGGGCUUGGGCUGCUUCAAGGCCCCCCAGAAGUUGCUAGGCUGGACCUGCACGAGGCAGGGAAUGAAGCCCGCAAGCUGAUGGCGCCACUACUCCAACAACCACAGCACGUAGCUGCUACUAUGCCAACACCGGCCUCUGGCGGGGCUAGGCGCCGCAGACGCCAGCGUGCCUUCGACAUGUCUGCGGUACGGCGAAGUGCUCGCCUGGCCAAUGCUCGCCCCAUGUCCCAGAUGCAGCGUGCUCAGAGAAACCUUUGCCAAAAACUUGGUCUCCUGCAUGAUGAUCUUGAACCUGUGGAAACCGCUUUGCAGGACUACAUCGCCAUGUUCAAUGGCCCGCUGCCGAUGGACAUCAUUGCCGCGCUGACGGAGAUGUUCAACCUGGGCACCGAAGAGCCAAAUGAAGUUGAUGAUGCGCUGCUUCGCAUGGUGGGCGAGGGAGUCGAAGAACUCCGCGACGCAGCCAUCCUGACUGCAGCAGCCUGA